GACACAAUAACAUUGAGCAGACAGCCCGGACCGGUAGCGAUAGAGGACUAGUCUUCAUGAUGCAGGGUGAAGUUAGUUAAUUAAGAGACAAUUAGAGACAAUUAGCGGCUCUCAGCUCCAACAUGGAGCCGGCUCACAGAGCUCUGCUGCGGACGCACCGGCUGCAACUGUCCGGGCAGCUACUGGUCAGUGAAACUAUCGUUCCGUUCUUGUACCAGGAGGACAUUUUAACAGAGGCACAAGUGGAGGACAUCGAGUCCCAGCGGACAGACAGACUGAAGACUCUCAGGCUGCUGGACCUCCUGCCGAACCGCGGACCCCGGGCCUUCCACUCCUUCCUGCGGUCUCUGGAGGACUUCAGCUGGGUCCGAGACAGACUGCUGCUGGACCUCCAGAACGCACCUGGACCCGGACCAGGACCCGGACCCACAGGUGAGACACAGACAGACACACCUGGACCCGGACCCACAGGUGAGACACAGACACACCUGGACCCGGACCAGGACCCGGACCCACAGGUGAGACACAGACACACCUGGACCCGGACCCACAGACGUCUGCUGUCUCCCGGAUUCGGUUCUGUUGAGGGUCCCUUCGGACCGGGAGCUGUCCCGGCUGGCGUCUCGGCUGGGUCCGGAGUGGGAGUCAGUCCUGAUGGAUCUGGGUCUGUCUGCGGAGGCUCUGUUCCGAUGCCGGUCCGAUCAUGCUCUCAGCACUCACGGGGCGGUUCUGGCCGGUCUGGUCCAGUGGAGGCGGUCUGAAGGGAAACGGGCCACAGUCCAGAGACUGAUCCAGAGUCUGAAGGCCGCUGACGUCCAUCCGUCCGUCCUGGAAGACGUCCUGCUGGUGGACUGACUCAGCUGCUGAUAAUCAAUCACACAGGUCUCAGUCUGACCGUUUCCAUUCAGACUGUCGGACAGGAGCCGGAUCCUGGAGGGACUAUCUAUCUGUCUAUCCAUCUGUCCAUCUCUGUUGAGCUCCUGAAAACAUUUCAUGAACUUAUUUUUCAUAUUAAACUUUCUUCUGAUUAAAUACAGAAACAAUAAAGAACAGAUCAAUAACCCAUAAAUCUAUGAAUAUAAAAUAUAACACACACAUAUAUAUAAACAUAUAUACACACACAACACACACACACACACACACACACUCUCUUAAGGUGGACUGACGAGAUGUUUGAUUCACCUGCAGGUGUUCAACCCUUAAAGAUCAAUAAGCUGAUUGAUAUUAUAUUUAGGGACCGAGCCAGCGACCGCUGUAGGUCCCUAUUGUAUUUGCUAUGGGUUAACCAAUUCAUAAGUACCACCAUGAGCAAGCACUUAUAACUAACUAACUAACUAAUAUAAUGUUCAUAAUGUAUGUAUCUUUGAUUUAUAGUAUUGUAUUUGAAUGCUUUGCUUUGGCAAUAUUUUUUUUUUUUUUUGAACUUUCAUGGCAAUAAAUCCCAUUUUCAAUUUGAAUUUGAGAGAGAGAGAGAGAGGCAGGCACAGCAACAACUACACUAAUAGUAGUGACUGAUGAUGAUGAACAUGACAACAGCAACGAUGGGGGACAAUGAGCAGUGACAACAGCAACAACAGUAACUGUAGCAAUAAUAAUACUUAUAAUAAUAAUAAUAAUAACACUAAUAUCAGUGAUAUUAGCAAUGGCAGUCAAGCAGGACCAUGGCAGGAGGCUCCACCAGGAUCCAUGAGAACCUGCGAGACGAGAAAGCACAAGAACUCCGGGGAAGAAGUGAAGUUAGUAACAUGCAUUAAUGGAACAUGAAUGAGUGCAGAAAGAGAGAGGAAGAGAGGAGCUCAGUGCACCAUGGGAAAUCCCCCUGACAGUCUAGGCCUAUAGCAGCAUAACUAAGGGAUGGUUCAGGACUCACCUGAUCCAGCCCUAACUAUAAGCUUUAUCAAAGAGGAAUGUCUUAAGCCUACUCUUGAAUGUGGUGAGGGUGUCUGCCUCCCGAACCACAACUGGAAGCUGGUUCCACAGGAGAGGAGCUUGGUAACUGAAGGCUCUGGCUCCUGUUCUACUUUUAGAGACUAUAGGAACCACAAGUAGCCCAGCAUUCAGAGAACGUAGUGUUCUAGUGGGGUAAUAGGGUACUAUGAGCUCUUUAAGAUAUGAAGGGGCCUGACCAUGAAGAGCUUUAUAGGUGAGGAGGAGGAUUUUAAAUUCUGUUCUACAUUUUACAGGGAGCCAAUGCAGAGAAGCUAGUACAGGAGAGAUGUGAUCUCUUUUUCUAGUUCCUGUCAGUACUCGUGCUGCAGCGUUCUGAAUUAAUUGGAGCGUUUUAAUGGACUUAUUGGGGCAACCUGAUAAUAAAGAGUUGCAGUAAUCCAGCCUUGAAGUAACAAAUGCAUGGAUUAGUUUUUCUGCAUCUGUC